AGUCACUGAAGGCAGCAUCAGCUCCAUCCAGGCGAGCAUCUGUGGUACAGUUGUUCAGUCGAGAGGAGGGAUGACACCACAGCAAUAGAGUCCGGGCGCCUGGUCGACGUUAGAAGUUAACAGUCGGUUUCUGCUUCUCUUGACUGUAGAAACUUCGCCCCCCCCCCUGUAAACGAGAAAAGAGCAGCCAUGGCAGAAGCCCACCAAGCGGUGGCCUUCCAGUUCACCGUCACUUUGGAGGGCAUCGAUGUGCAGCUGUCCCACCAGGCCCUCACUGAGAUCUACCUCUCUGGUGUGCGCUCGUGGAAGAAGCGUAUCAUCAGACUCAAGAACAGUGUGAUAACAGGAGCAUAUCCUGCUAGUCCCUCCUCCUGGCUUUUUGUGGUUAUAGCAAUCCUGGCUACUAUGUACACUCGCUCCGACCCGUCCAUGGGACUCAUAGCCAAGAUACAGGAGCACCUGCCAGUCAGCCAGUCUAUGAGCACCCAGUGCCAGGCGUUGGUGUCAGCAGUGCUCUUCAGCACCAUGCUCUGGCUCUUGCUCAUCUUUACCAUGCGUCUGUGCCUCAAGCAGCUCCUCUCCUACCACCGCUGGAUAUUCGAGCAGCAUGGCAAGAUGUCCAAUACCACCAAAGUCUGGGUGGCGUUGGUGCGGAUCUUUUCUGGCAGAAAGCCUCUGCUCUACAGUUACCAGGGUUCGUUGCCAAACCUCCCUGUGCCUGCCAUCAAGGAAACAGUCAAGAGGGUAUUGGAAUCAGUGCGUCCGCUGUUGGAUGAUACACAGUAUGAACGCAUGACCAAGUUGGGAGCGGAGUUUGAGAGCAGCCUCGGUAACCGCCUGCAGUGGUACCUCAAACUCAAAGCUCUCUGGGCUGCCAACUAUGUUACUGACUGGUGGGAGGAAUAUGUUUAUCUACGUGGACGAAGCCCCAUAAUGGUCAACAGUAACUAUUAUGGCAUGGACUUCUUGUAUGUGACACCUACACCCAUCCAAGCAGCCAGGGCAGGCAACAACAUUUACGCAUUCUUCCUGUAUCGCCGCAAACUCAACAAAGAAGAAAUUAAACCUAGUCGUAUACCCGGCACUGUCAUUCCUCUGUGUGCAGCUCAGUGUGAGAGGAUUUUCAACACCACACGCACUCCUGGAGAGGAGACUGAUACUGUGCAGCAUUGGCAGGACAGUGACUAUGUAGCAGUGUACCACAGGGGUCGCUACUUUCGUCUUAGGGUGUACCACGCAGGCAGACUCCUGUGCCCCAGGGAGAUUGAAUUCCAAAUUCAGAGGAUCCUUGACGACGCUUCACCUCCUUCCACAGGAGAGGCAAAACUGGGAGCCCUGACCGCUGGAGACAGAAUCCCUUGGGCUAAAGCCAGGAUGAAGUAUUUCAGCAGUGGGGUCAAUAAACGCUCUCUGGACUGCAUUGAAAAAGCUGCCUUCUUUGUGACCCUGGAUGAUGAUGAACAGGGCAUGAUGGGAGAUGACCCAGCAGGUAGUUUAGAUCGCUACGCCAAAUCCUUGCUGCAUGGGAAAUGUUACGACAGGUGGUUUGACAAGUCCUUCUCUGUUGUUUACUACAAGAAUGGCAAGAAUGGCAUAAAUGCAGAGCACUCGUGGGCUGAUGGGCCAGUUGUAUCACACUUAUGGGAGUACAUGUUGGCCACCGACUGUUUCCAGCUCGGUUACAAUGCAGAGGGUCACUGCAAAGGAGAAGUGGAUUCAUCAUUACCACGACCACAGAAGCUGAACUGGGAAAUUCCGCCAGAAUGUGAGGAGCAGAUUUCCCAGUCUCUGGCAGUUGCCCAGGCCCUGGCUGACGAUGUGGAGCUCCACGUGUUUGCCUUCCAAGACUUUGGCAAACUAAAGAUCAAGAAGUGUCGAGUCAGUCCAGAUGCCUUCAUUCAGAUGGCUCUUCAGUUGACCUACUACAGGAACCGAAGGACGUUCUGUCUUACAUACGAAGCCUCGAUGACCCGUCUGUUCAGGGAGGGCAGGACCGAGACCGUUCGCUCCUGCACCAAUGAGAGCUGUGCCUUCAUCCGAGCGCUGGAGGGUGGAGAGGCAGCAGAUGUGUGCAGGCGUUUGUUCCGCACAGCAACAGAAAAGCACCAACAACUAUACCGCAUGGCUAUGACCGGUGCUGGAAUCGACAGACACCUCUUUUGCCUCUACGUGGUAUCCAAAUACCUCGGAGUGGAGUCUCCUUUCUUGAAAGAGGUGCUGUCUGAGCCCUGGCGGCUGUCCACAAGUCAGACUCCAUUCCAGCUGCCGGAGCUGUUUGACGUAGUCAACCACCCAGAGUAUCUCUCCUGUGGAGGGGGCUUUGGACCGGUGUCUGAUGACGGUUAUGGGGUGUCCUACAGCAUUUUGGGAGAGAACGUGAUUAACUUCCACAUCUCGUGCAAGCACUCAUGUCCAGACACCGAUGCCCGUAAGUUUGGUGCUCAGCUCAGAAAAGCCCUGCAUGACCUGCUACAGCUGCUGAGUCCCAACCAAAAAGAGCCCAGCAAGACAGAAGAGACUCGGCCAGAGGUCAAGAAAGACCUGUAGGCAGUUACUCAGGGGAAACCGAUGCUGAAAGGAAGGAAUGUCAUGCUACAAAGUGAGGAAAGACAUUUUUUUUUUGUUUGUUCGAUUUUUGUUUUGUUUUGUUUUUUCCUCAUGCAUUGGGAGAAUUUUACAGCCAGCAAGCGAUAUUCCAGAGACAACUCUGUGGGGAAACCGGUGUAAUGGAGAGGGUGUUUAUACCGAUUUGCAUCUGUAUUUGUGUAUGUAUAUUAGCUGUGUG